GAGAGAAAGAAUUCGAACUGUAAAUCUCCCUCCCGACCAAAAAAGGCGCUGGGUAAGGUUGAUCGUAUGCUUCCUCCUAGAUGGACUGCCUUGACGGUAGGCGGAAACCGGAAGGUGACCAUAUUAGGGGGAGCGCGUAGUUGCAUGUACCUGGAAGGAUUCCAUUGCAAUCAGCUGCGGGGCGGGCCCCUAUUGGAGAAACCAUGGCAACGGGUUGCUUGCAAGGAGGAGGUUCUGGGUACAAAGGGGAAGCAGCUACGUUAGUACGGCCCUUGCGCUGAUGACGGCAUCCAGCCGGAGCCUGUGUUUUUGUUUUGUUUUGUGUUUCUGACAGAGGAGGAGUGAGAGUCGGGAGCUGCCGCCGCGGAGCCAGCACUAAGACCCGGAGCACGUCCCUCAAAGCACAACACAGCACAGCACAGCACCAGCACUCACCACGACCCCGGAGAAAGAGCACAGUUUCGUGCACGGAGGAUUGUGGUCACAGGAGUGUUAUUAUUAUUUGUGUUUCAGGACUGUAAACCUGCCGUGUUCCCCCCGAUGCCAUCGCUGGCAGAGGGGUGGUUUAUUAUUAUUAUUAUUAUUAUUAUUAUUAUUAUUAUUAUUAUUAUUAUUUGUGUUUUUAAAAUAAACACUGACUUUUUGGGAGAACUCUGGUCUGGACUUUCACUUGUGUCUUACACCACUCACAUCCUGUUCACAAGUGGUGUCAGAAACGGGAUUUCACGAUGGACCCAGCAGCACUGAACACCAUGAUGGAGGCUCAGGCACGGAGGCAUGAGGAAACCCUGGCAGCGGUGAUGGAGAGGAUGAAUGCCAUGUUCCUUGCGGCCAACCAGAGGAGGGAACCGGUGGCCGAACCAACAGUGGCUCCUCCAAAACCCAAAGUGGUGAAGAUGUUGCUGGAGGAUGAUCCCGAGGCCUAUUUAACAUCUUUUGAAAGACAGGCAACAGCAGCCCUAUGGCCUCGGGAGUGGUGGGCUACCCAGCUGGGACCCAAUCUGAUCGGGGAAGCCCAGGCAGCCUACCAUGCUUUAACCCAUGAACAAGCCAUGGAUUACGAUGUGGUAAAGAAAGCCAUCCUUCAGCGACUGGAUAUAACGGAGGAGACGCACCGCCGCCGGUUCCGGGAGUACCAACGCCCCGAAGGAGUCCGACCCCGAGUAAUGGCCCAGCAGUUGGUGGACCAGGUGACCCGGUGGCUCUGCCCUGGCGAGCGAACAGCUGAAGAGGUGACCGAACUGGUCACCAUUGAACAGUUUAUACAGUUGCUGGGGCCAAAGGCCAGCAAUUGGGUCAGCAGGCACCGGCCCACCACGCUGGACGCCGCGGUCAGGUUGGCCGAGGGAUAUGAGGACUCCAUGCCCACACCGCUGCCCACCCCGAUACAUCCAAUGCCGACCUUCAUCAGACCCAGGAUGGCGGGCCCAAGGCCGGGGCCCCUUCACCCACGCACACCCUUCCCUACCGGACCAGCACCUUCUCGGUCCCCAACGGGUGGCCUCGCUCCACAACACUGGAGGCCGAGGUCAACCCCCAGCUGGGGUAGAACAGGGGCCCCCUCCCCGCUGCCAGGUCGGCAGCGGGACAAUCAGGCUCCGUGGGCGCCUUUCCCUCUGGAAUGUUACCGGUGCCAUGGGGUCGGCCACCUUGCCCGGAAUUGCCCCUCAGCAAUGGAGUGUGGUGCGGCUUCGCAUUAUUUGGUACCGGCGACAGAGGAGGAGUGAGAGUCGGGAGCUGCCGCCGCGGAGCCAGCACUAAGACCCGGAGCACGUCCCUCAAAGCACAACACAGCACAGCACAGCACCAGCACUCACCACGACCCCGGAGAAAGAGCACAGUUUCGUGCACGGAGGAUUGUGGUCACAGGAGUGUUAUUAUUAUUUGUGUUUCAGGACUGUAAACCUGCCGUGUUCCCCCCGAUGCCAUCGCUGGCAGAGGGGUGGUUUAUUAUUAUUAUUAUUAUUAUUAUUAUUAUUAUUAUUAUUAUUAUUAUUAUUUGUGUUUUUAAAAUAAACACUGACUUUUUGGGAGAACUCUGGUCUG